AUGGCCUCAACGCGCGAUGGGGAAGGUUCCCGGUUCGCCGAGGCCGCUGACGCACCACUUUGUUCAGAGGACUCGUCCAAGGCGAGUGGCGCACAUGGAGUGCUCCUUCUCACAGCGAGUGGAAGUGCAGCAAGCUUGUUGCUUUUGUUUCUGAGCUGGUGCGUGAACCACUUGGCCAUCAUCCUGGCUUGGAAGAAGGGUGAGACGGAUCCCUCUCCAGCUUUAAAGGCAGACCAUGUGCCGUACCACAAGAUCACCGUCACCUUUGAGCCACCUCAUCGUGGCUCGUUGGUGUUCACAGUUGGUGCGGACGAGGAUGUCGCAGAGCUUACGAGGCUCCUUCUGCCAGAAGCUCCUGCUAGGCGUGGAAACUUAAGGCGAUACAGGAUACAUAUGUCAUGA